UUGACAAAUAAGUUGCCUGACACGCGGUUGGAUCAGCAACAAUUUUUAAAGUUUAAAUCAAAAUAUUGCAAUAUUAAUACUGUAAGUAAAUUGAUUUUUUGUAUUUGAUAGUUUCUUAAAACUGUAAGAAAAGUGAUAAAUAGUGAUAAAGAAAGUGUAGUACAAAAACAACAUUGCAUCAGCUGUGCGUAGGAAACGUGCCAAAAUCACACUCGCCUACAGAGUACUGGUUUUUGGGAAAAUCAGUGACUAAAAAUAUAAAACAAUUUAUUUUAAAGGUGCCAGCUAGAGAAAAAUACAAUUCAAGGCAAUCCAAAUCAAGUUAUUAUGGAAUUAAAGAGGUUCUUAGCCAGGUAACUGUCGAGGCCAGGUAGAGAAAAGAAGGCGAUGCACCCGUUUCGUGUUGCAUGGUGUGCGGCCUACGUGACUCACAGACAGUUAUCAAUGGCGCAACACAUCGGAAAGUUCAGUGACCAAUUUCUGUGCAGCAGCCAAAUCGCAACCCCCGAAGUCAGAAGGCGUCUAACGUCCAACUGAUAAAGGUGUCGAACGAUCCGAAAACAACAGCUCUCAUUAAAUAAUUUAUUUUGGGAAUUUAACAAAAACCCCCGCACCAUGUUGGACGUGAUCCAACCCAAUAGCAACAUUCCGGCUUCCACAGUCGAUAGCAGUGAUGUGGUCGUGGUACGAGCCAGGCCCAAGAAAGUAUUUAAGCCGAAGGCACGGAUCAACCGGAUUCCCCAGGAGCUGCUCGAUGAUCCGUUGCUGCAACAGGCCAUAGACCGCCUGCCCUCGAAUUAUAACUUUGAGCUGCACAAGACCAUCUGGCGGAUACGGGAAAUGAAGGCCAAGCGAGUGGCUCUACAGUUGCCGGAGGGCUUGCUGAUGUACGCCAUGGUUAUAAGCGAUAUCGUGGAGCGCUUUACCAGCGCCGACACUGUCAUUAUGGGCGACGUCACUUACGGAGCUUGUUGUGUAGAUGACUACACGGCCCAGGCCCUGGGAGCUGACCUUCUGGUGCAUUACGGGCAUAGCUGUCUCAUUCCUGUUGAUCAGACAUGCGGCAUCAAGGUGCUCUACAUCUUUGUGGACAUCAAGAUUGACCCGCUGCAUUUCCUUGACUCGGUGAAGCUAAACUUUCGGCAGGAUGUGGGCCAGAUAGCACUGGUCAGCACAAUCCAGUUUGUGACCACUCUUCAGGCUGCAUCCACGGAGCUUAAGGCAGCCGGCUAUGAUGUGAUAGUUCCUCAGGCCAAGCCAUUGAGUCCGGGUGAGAUACUCGGCUGCACCUCGCCCCAGCUACCCGAGACGACCAAAAUGAUCAUUUAUCUAGGAGACGGGCGGUUUCAUCUUGAGUCCGCCAUGAUUGCGAACCCGCUUCUAAAGGCCUACAAGUACGACCCGUAUGAAAAGAAAUUCACCAUUGAAGAGUAUGACCACAGAGCUAUGCAGGACCUGCGCUUGGAUGCCGUCCAGCGAGCCAAGAAGGCGCGCCGCAUUGGAAUCAUUUUGGGCACAUUGGGUCGUCAAGGCAGCUCACGGGUUCAUCGGUUUUUAGAGAAACGGCUGCAUGCCAAGGGCAUUGAAACGACUACUAUUUUGCUAUCGGAGAUCUUCCCACAGAAACUGGCUCUGUUCGCAGACAUUGACGCCUUUGUGCAGAUCGCAUGCCCCAGACUUUCGAUUGACUGGGGCUCCGCCUUCACUCAGCCGCUCCUUAAUCCCUACGAGCUUUCUGUGGUUUUGGGAGAUGUUGAAUGGACGCCUCACAACACAUCGCCCCGCACCAAUGCCUACCCGAUGGACUUUUACGCCAGCGGUAGCCUGGGUCCCUGGACCCCCAACUUUAAGCCACCAGCGCUCGGAGAAUGCGAGAACAAGCCGUCGGCGGAUUGCUGUGGACGUUGUACCCGUGCUGAAUUGGAAAAGGACGAUACCGGCAAGGCGGCGGCACUGGCGGAUCUUCUGGACUUCAAAAAGGGAUAAGAGAACUGUUAGCUAUGCUCCACUUGUCCACAAUGCCCUCCAUCUCAAACGAUCAGCCACGUGACAAUGAUUAUAUGUAUUGAUCGUCGGCCCAAAUAUAAUGCCUAUCUACUAAUUUA